AGCCUCAGCAGGAAAUGAGGCUUCAUUUCUCGCUGUGUGUUUGAAGUCUGUCAAGAGAUGUAUUCUAAAGACACUUCUUCAGCUGAGAAUCAGAGAGUAGAAACACACACGCUGCAGUUUUUACUUGCAAGGGCAGUCACAGAGCGCUCACACCCGAGAGUGAGGCUCAAGGACUCGCACUCUGUUUCUGCUCUGGUCUUUAUUUAUAUACAAGGGUCAUACAACAAUGCUCCAGAGCUUCCCUCUGUGUCAGUGAGUCCCUCUGCUGAGAUAGUGGAGGGCAGUUCAGUGACUCUGACCUGUAGCAGUGAUGCUAACCCAGCAGCUAAUUACACCUGGUACAAGGAGGAUGAAGACUCCUCUAGAACAUCAGGACACAACUUCACCAUCAGCAACAUCAGACCUGAGCACAGUGGGAGUUAUUACUGUGUGGCCCACAACAAUAGAGGGACUCAUAACUCCACCUUACAGCUGACUGUUGUAGCAGGAGCAGGAACAUUAGAAGCUGCUGGAGUAACUGCUGCUGUUCUCCUGCCUGUCAUAUUCUUCUCUGUCUUCCUGUGGAUUCAAAAAAAGAGGAUGUCCAAGGAACCUGUUAAAUCUGAAGACAGAGCCAACAACAGAGAACAGUGUUUACCUGACCAGAGACAGCCAGAGGAGCAGGAUGAUCUUCAGUACACCAGCAUCCACUUCUCCAAUAACCAGGCAGAUCCUCUCUACUCCAACAUCAGAGCAGCUCAGCCUCACAGACAAAUGCAGGAACAGGAAGUUACUGAGUACACUGCUGUUAGAUUUAACAGAGGCAGUGCAGCCAAGAGAGACAGAAGUCAGGAAACAGGAGAGUCUCCAUGUGCACUGUUCUCCACAGUCAACAAAACCAGAUGAAGGGACGGGUUGAUGAUGAUGUGAUAUUUACGUAGACUUAAAAAAA